GCUGUGGUAACUAGUGGAAACCGUACUACUUCCGCAAAAAUCCUUGCGACACCCUGUCAUAUUCAAACAUGGCUUCGUCUAGGUUAGAAAUAAAUUUUAUCCGAUUAUUGUCCCGCUGCGAAUCUAUAGCUUCGGAGAAGCGAGUGGAAACGGAAUGGAGGUUGGAAAAGGUAAAACAUGUAGACGGUGUAGUCGUUGACCAAUGCAACUUUCCUUAAACGCAGUCAAUGAGAAAUGAAUGUCCUGUCAAAUGAUGUUGACAGUGUCUGCUAACGUCAGCUAGCGACGCUAGUAGCGUUACGUUAGCUUGUCAAUGGGGUAGCAUACUAGAUAGCCACGUCGUCAGCAACUAGGAACGAGCAAGUUGGCUAACUAUACUGCAAUGACACCCAGUUACUGACUGUAUUGUAUUUUCUAGCAAAUCAAUAACUAAUAGUAGUAGUUAGCUAACUGUAUUAGCUAAUGCAAGCACACAUGAUUACUAUUUUAUACCAGGUAUAUUAUAAGAUUAGCUCGAAUCUAAAUACAUGUCAAUGAAUCUUGCGAAAGAUGUAUGUAGUUAGCCAUGAUCAUCUUAUCACAACUAGGUUUUGUUGGCUAGCUAACGUUAGCUAAUUUGAAAAGGUUAUGUAGCUUACUAGUUAUUAGCUACAUUAUUUAUUUUCACAGGGGAGUAUCUGAUUGUGUUCGCUGGAAGAUGACAUUCAGGCCUUUUCAAUCAGUCAUAUCUGUUUUGAUGGCAACUAGCUAACGUUAGUUAACAGACCCCCCCCCCAGAAAAGCCAAACUAACGUUACAGCUAACAGCCAACACACCCCCCCUCAGAAAAGCAUAAUUAGCUAACAUUACAGCUAACAGACAACACCCCCCCCCCCGAAAAGCAUAAUUAGCUAACGUUACAGCUGACAACCCCCCCCUCAGAAAAGCAUAAUUAGCUAACGUUACAGCUGACAACCCCCCCUCUCAGAAAAGCAUAACUAGCUAACAUUACAGCUAACAGAGAACCCCCCUCUCAGAAAAGCAUAACUAGCUAACAGACACCCUCCCCUCAGAAAAGCAUAAUUAGCUAACGUUACAGCUGACAACCCCCCCCUCAGAAAAGCAUAACUAGCUAACAUUACAGCUAACAGAGAACCCCCCCUCAGAAAACAUAACUAGCUAACAGACACCCCCCUCAGAAAAGCAUAAUUACUAACGUUACAGCUGACAACCCCCCCUCAGAAAAGCAUAAUUAGCUAACGUUACAGCUGACAACCCCCCCUCUCAGAAAAGCAUAACUAGCUAACAUACAGCUAACAGAGAACCCCCCUCUCAGAAAAGCUAACUAGCUAACAGACACCCUCCCCUCAGCAAAGCAUAACUAGCGAACAUUACAGUCAGCUAAACGAGCAACACGCCCCAGAGAACCGUAACAUAGUAACAGACACCCUCCCCUCAGAAAAGCCUAACUAGCUAACAUUACAGCUAACAUACAACACGCCCCACCUCAGAAAAGCUUAAAUAGCUAAUGUUACAGCUAACAGACAACCCCCCCCCCAAUCCCCGAAGAGGCUGCCUUUGUCAUCAUUUGCAAAAAUAUUUCAGUUGUAGGCAUGCCUACUAGUUGUUGUUUUCUGCAUAGCUGCUCAAACUGUGUUCCCAUGCUUUUAUGAAACUUGGAAAUUGUCUUGUCUCUAAAUGCCAUACCUAUUAUAACUCUACCAAACUACAAGUCUUGACUUUUGCUCUUUCUCUUCUAGUAUGUUGGUGCUCUUGAAGAGAUGUUGGUGGCUUUGAGGAAGAGUCCAAGGUAUAGCUAAGCUGAGACAUUUUACCUAAUGAGUGUCAAAGUUUAAACGUAUUAAUGUAAACGGUUUACUUUUAUUGUCUAACAGUACAAUAUUGUAGUUGUCACAAUACAACACAACCUUAGGUUUUUGUGAGCAAUGUAAAAUAGUUAAAACAAGGCAAUGCCAGACUUGGAAUUUACCAUACUAACCUCCUCUCUCGCAACUAAAUCUCACAUGUAUUUAUUGUUUCUGAUUUUAUAUAAAGGUGGACACUUUAACCUCAAUCAAGCCAUCAGAUAAAUAUCUGCAUUAUCAUUAUAGCAGUUUAUGAUUUAAAAACAUCCUAUUAUUGAUAGGUUUAUACUUGAAGGGAGCUGCAUUUAAAUUAGUGCAUUCGGAAAGUAUUCAGACCCCUUUACUUUUUCCACAUUUUGUUACGUUACAGCCUUAUUCUAAAAUUGAUUAAAUAUUUUUUUCCCCUCCUCAAUCUACACACAAUACCCCAUAAUGACAAAGUAAAAACAGGUUUUUAGAAUUUUUAGGAAAUUUCUUAAAAAUAAAAAACAACAUUUACAUAAGUAUUCAGACCCUUUAUUCAGUACUUAGUUGAAGCACCUUUGGCAGCGUUUACAGUCUCGAGGCUUCUUGGGUAUGACGCUACAAGCUUGGCACACCUGUAUUUGGGGAGUUUCUCCCAUUCUUCUCUGCAGAUCCUCUCAAGCUCUGUCAGGUUGGAUGGGGAGCGUCGCUGCACAUCUAUUUUCAGGUCUCUCCAGAGAUGUUCGAUCGUGUUCAAGUCCGGGCUCUGGCUGGGCCACUCAGGGACAUUCAGAGACUUGUCCCGAAGCCACUCCUGGGUUGUCUUGGCUGUGUGCUUAGGGUCGUUGUCCUGUUGGAAGAUUAACUUUCACCCCAGUCUGAGAACCUGCUCCAGAGCGCUCAGGACUUCAUCAAGGAUCUCUCUGUACUUUGCGCCGUUCAUCUUUCCCUUGAUCCUGACUAGUCUCCCAGUCCCUGCCGCUGAAAACAUCCUGAUGCUGCCACCACCAAGCUUCACCGUAGGGAUGGUGCCAGGUUCCCUCCAGACAUGACACUUGGCAUUCAGGCCAAAGAGUUCAAUCUUGGUUUCAUCAGACCAGAGAGUCUUGUUUCUCAUGGUCUGAAAGUCCUUUAGGUGCCUUUUGGCAAACUCCAAGCGGGCUGUUAUGUGCCUUUUACUGAGAAGUGGCUUCCGUUUGGCCACUCUACCAUAAAGGCCUGAUUAGUGGAGUGUUGCAGAGAUGGUUGUCCUUCUGGAAGGUUCUCCCAUCUCCACAGAGGAGCUAUGUCAGAGUGACCAUCGGGUUCCUGGUCACCUCCCUGACCAAGGCCCUUCUCCCCUGAUUGCUCAGUUUGGCCGGGGGCCAGCUCUAGGAAGAGUCUUGGUAGUUGCAAACUUCUUCCAUUUAAGAAUGAUGGAGGCCACUGUGUUCUUGGGGACCUUCAAUGCUGCAGACAUUUUAGGUACCCUUCCCCAGAUCUGUGCCUCGACACAAUCCUGUCUCGGAGCUCUACGGACAAUUCCUUCGACCUCAUCUCUUGGUUUUUGCUCUGACAUGCGCUGUCAACUGUGGGACCUUAUAUAGACAGGUUUGUGCCUUUCCAAAUGCCAAAUGCCAAAUCAUGUCCAAUCAAUAUAAUUUAUCACAGGUGGACUCCAAUCAAGUUGUAGUAAACAUCUCAAGGAUGAUCAAUGGAAACAGGAUGCACCUGAGCUCAAUUUCGAGUCUCAUAGCAAAGGGUCUGAAUACUUAUGUAAAUAAGGUAUUUCUGUUUUUAUUUUUAAUACAUUUGCCAUCAUUUCUCAACCUGUUUUUGCUUUGUCAUUAUGGGGUAUUGUGUGUAGAUUGAGGGGAAAAAAAACAAAUGAAUCAAUUUUAGAAUAAGUUAGGUAACAAAAUGUGGAAAAAGUCAAGGUCUGAAUACUUUCCGAAUGCAUUGUAUUAGCCUAAUUUAUGUCCUCCAUGGCAAUCGUUGUUUUAAAUAUUCAUUCUUUAUUUUCCAUAUCUCCCUUCAGCAAACCCACAGUAGAGGUGAUGACAGACUACACACGAAAGGUUGACUUCUUGAAAGGACUUCUAGAAGCAGAGAAACUGGUUAGUAUAAUACGCUCAAGGAUUUCAUUCUGAUCCGUAGCUAAAACAACGGAUUAAAUUCUGUUUGAAUCCAUUAACAUUACAUUAUACAUGUGUUUUCUUCUCACCAAAGUGUGUUUGAUGUUUUCUUCACUUGAACUAAUUAUACGCUGCCUAUCCUAUGUUGUUGUAUAUAGUCGGGGACAGAGAAAGCCCUGGCCAAUCAAUUCCUAGCUCCUGGUCGCACCCCCACCAUAGCCAAUGAGAGGAUGCCAGCCAGUAAGACAGUCCACAUGCAGACCAAAGCCCGGUGCACAGGGGAGAUGAGGAACGAGCUGUUAGGCACUGUAAGAUCAUCUCACAACCUCAUACUGUCUAUCACUGUUGGAUGGGUCUCAAUAGUCUGGGUUUUUUACUUUGGAGAAUUUUACAGUUUGUUUGAUAGACAUGAUUUGUCAUCUUUAUGAAGUGCUAUUUCUGCUAAUUGUUUUCUUGCAUUUCUGUUUCUUUAUAGGGUCUGUCGAACAAAGGUAAACACUUUAAUUUUGGGAUAUAUUCAAAUGUACAAUAUGAGCAUCAUUUUAAAGUGGAAUAGUUCUUAAUUAUGUUAUCUGUAAUUAAACAGGAAACUCGGAAACAGACUUGCGAAACAGAAGGUAACAUUAAAACCCAAUUUCCUCUCUCUCUGCUCUCAAAUGUGAAACCGGACUUACCAAAUGUAUGAUUUCACAUUUGUCUGUUUUUUAUACCCACAAUCAAAUCAAUCAAUGAAACCAAUCCGUCCCGUUCCGCAGGGGUUUGGCGCUGGAUGAAAGGCAGUCAGCAGCCGAGUUGGAUGCAGUGCUCCAGCACCACCACAACCUACAGGAGAAGCUGGCUGAAGACAUGCUGAACCUGGCCCGCAACCUGAAGAACAACACGCUGGUGGCCCAGAACAUUAUCAAACAGGACAAUCAGGUGUGGAGAAGACUAGCUCUGCUGAAUUACCAUUCCACCCCUAGCCUCGUUCUCAGGUCAGACGGCACCAAGAGUCCCUCUGCGCUUGUCGAGUUAGUAGAAUGAUGCCGUCUUUGAUGGAAGGAAGGCAAUGCCUCGCCCUAGUGGCUAACUCUUUAACCUCUAUGCACUCCUGUAGAGCUCAAAGGAUUGGACAGGUGUAUCCAAUAUGGUGAGAAUUUCACCAAGCUUAUCAGACUACAAAGUUGGAGCUAUUUCCAUAUUACUUAUAUUUAUGUGAUCCUUGGAAUUCAGCAGAAUCUUAUAUUCUGGGUGACAGAAAAGUGUUUUGGUGUCCAUCCAGAAGGUGGCGGUAUUACAUAAGUAACAUUCCAGAACUAAAGCGCUUGAACAACAUAUGGACAUGUGAUUUAACAGCUGCUGCUAUGAGGCCUGGAAUUCCCCUAGUCUAGAUGGAGGGAGGGUUCAUUUCCAGGGUCAAUCCAUUUUUGGACAAAAAUAUGGGCAGUAAAGUCUCUUUUUGAAAAGUGCUUUAAAAUGCAAGUGUUGGCGACAGCCCUUAAGGUUUAACAGAAGAAGUGUUGUUGUCUUGUCUAUGUUGACCCUGACCCAGGCUAUGCAUCAGCCACAGCAGAAAUAUUCAUAGUAUCCUGUCUCUCUCUCAGACCCAAAUCCGGUCUAUGAGACAGCCACAGCUAAGGUUCUGAUCUGAUACAGUGAGGGGAAAAAAGUAUUUGAUCACCUGCUGAUUUUGUACGUUUGCCCACUGACAAAGAAAUGAUCAGUCUAUCAUUUUAAUGGUAGGUUUAUUUGAACAGUGAGAGACAGUAUAACAACAACAAAAUCCAGAAAAACGCAUGUCAAAAAUGUUAUGAAUUGAUUUGCAUUUUAAUGAGGGAAAUAAGUAUUUGACCCCUCUGCAAAACAUGACUUAGUACUUGGUGGCAAAACCCUUGUUGGCAAUCACAGAGGUCAGACGUUUCUUGUAGUUGGCCACCAGGUUUGCACACAUCUCAGGAGGGAUUUUGUUCCACUCCUCUUUGCAGAUCUCGAGGUUUCGAGCCUGACGUUUGGCAACUCGAACCUUCAGCUCCCUCCACAGAUUUUCUAUGGGAUUAAGGUCUGGAGACUAGCUAGGCCACUCCAGGACCUUAAUGUGCUUCUUCUUGAGCCACUCCUUUGUUGCCUUGGCCGUGUGUUUUGGGUCAUUGUCAUGCUGGAAUACCCAUCCACGACCCAUUUUCAAUGCCCUGGCUGAGGGAAGGAGGUUCUCACCCAAGAUUUGACGGUACAUGGCCCCGUCCAUCGUCCCUUUGAUGCGGUGAAGUUGUCCUGUCCCCUUAGCAGAAAAACACCCCCCAAAGCAUAAUGUUUCCACCUCCAUGUUUGACGGUGGGGAUGGUGUUCUUGGGGUCAUAGGCAGCAUUCCUCCUCCUCCAAACACGGCGAGUUGUGUUGAUGCCAAAGAGCUCGAUUUUGGUCUCAUCUGACCACAACACUUUCACCCAGUUCUCCUCUGAAUCAUUCAGAUGUUCAUUGGCAAACUUCAGACGGGGCUGUAAAUGUGCUUUCUUGAGCAGGGGGACCUUGCGGGCGCUGCAGGAUUUCAGUCCUUCACGGCGUAGUGUGUUACCAAUUGUUUUCUUGGUGACUAUGGUCCCAGCUGCCUUGAGAUCAUUGACAAGAUCCUCCCGUGUAGUUCUGGGCUGAUUCCUCACCGUUCUCAUGAUCAUUGCAACUCCACGAGGUGAGAUCCUGCAUGGAGCCCCAGGCCGAGGGAGAUUGACAGUUAUUUUGUGUUUCUUCCAUUUGUGAAUAAUCGCACCAACUGUUGUCACCUUCUCACCAAGCUGCUUGGCGAUGGUCUUGUAGCCCAUUCCAGCCUUGUGUAGGUCUACAAUCUUGUCCCUGACAUCCUUGGAGAGCUCUUUGGUCUUGGCCAUGGUGGAGAGUUUGGAAUCUGAUUGAUUGAUUGCUUCUGUGGACAGGUGUCUUUUAUACUGGUAACAAGCUGAGAUUAGGAGCACUCCCUUUAAGAGUGUGCUCCUAAUCUCUGAUCAUGUCUUUGUCAGUGGGCAAACGUACAAAAUCAGCAGGGGAUCAAAUACUUUUUUCCCCUCACUGUAGUUAUCUCAUCUGUAACUCUCUUCUCUCUCUCUCACUCAGACCCUGACCCAGUCUAUGCGGCAGGCAGACACCAACUUCGAGAAGCUGAAGGUUGAGUCGGAGCGUUUGGAGCAGCACACCAAGAAGUCCGUUAACUGGUCCCUGUGGCUGAUGCUCAUCCUAGUCUCCUUCACCUUCAUCAGUAUGAUCCUCUUCAUCAGGAUCUUCCCCAAGCUCAGA